UGAUCGCAUUACACUAAUGUCCUCACUUGUCAUAAUCGCUGAUAACCGCAUAUACGGCAUUGAUCUGAAAUGGGGACUGUGUGAAACACGAGCCAGGCGUCCUUAGGAGGAAAUUAAGAGACAAAAGAGCAUUUCACCUGCGUCUGUUACCGAUCGCCGCACUCGGUCACCCUUCACGGAAAACGGAUUGACGGAAAAGACGAGUGGGUUGGGGGGGGGAGCUGCACGGCACCGAACGGCUCAUGACUAGGAAAAUAAAAUGCCUUAUUUCGAAUCCGGUCUUAACGCGUUUCUAAUUAAAGACAUGCCGGGAUAAUCCACAUGGGACGGGUCCCCGAGUCUACAGCACAGGAUAAAAAGUGAGAGACCCUGCCGGGGGCGGACAGAAGUUUGUGAGCGCAACGCUUCUCACUUUCCAACAAGAGAAGAUUAAGAACAAAUCAAAUAUAUAAAACCAAGAAACCUCUUUGGGCCAUGGUGCAGUGAUUGAUCUUGGAAAUUAAUGGGAAUAAAGCAGCGCAAGUUGUUGAAAUUUACCACUGUGUAGAAUUACCGGGCGCUUUGGGACUUCAGUUGCGCGACCCUAUAUACACCUGCAGCAGGAGACAAUACGCUACAGAAGCGAGCUCCAGGGUCUCCUCAGCAGCGAUGACCGGGCUGCGCCAGCACAGUGCCGUGGGACUGGUCAUCUUGCUGUGCACGGCGGGGUCCUGCAAGUACAGAGCCGUCACUAAGAACCACAGGGACGAGAAAAGUGUCCUGGAGCAGAUGAUGGACAUCAUGAAACGGAUAAAGGGGCAGCAGCAGGAGGGCAGCGCGGAAAUCACCAUGAGCAUUGCGCUGAAGAAGCAGAACCACUCGUCCGAUCCCAUGGAGCUGCAAGAAUAUAAAUCCCAUAAAGAGGGCCAUAUUCUUGAGAUAUUCCCAAGAGAUCUAAGGAAGAAGGAUAAGUUUAUAAAGCAUUUAACAGGACCGCUGUACAUUAGUCCGAAGUGCAGGAAGCAUGUUUACAGGCUAUACCACAACACCAGAGACUGCACCGUGCCGGCAUACUACAAAAGAUGCGCAAGACUGCUCACAAGGUUAGCCGGGAGUGCGCGAUGCACGUAGGAUAGCAGAUUUAAACAACACCAGACAUGUGUUGUCAAGUCGCAGGAAGGAGAAAAGUGCCUUGGAACGUAAGCGAGAAGAGAGCCGAAUGCAAUCGAUGAAAACCCCUUCGGUGACAGUGGGAACAGAGAC